AUGCCAAAGACGCUACCGAGGGGCUCUGCAUGUUUGGCUUGUCGGAGGAAGAAGACACGUUGCGACGGUAGCAAACCUAUCUGCGGUAACUGCGUAAAAUCUGGAGGUUUAGAAUGUGUAUACGACGAUGAAGCCAGACAAUCAGUGCGUCGAAUGACGAAAUUGAGAGCCUAUGAAGAAAGAAUACGAGAUUUGGAGAUGGAAUUACAAAAUAUAAAACUUGGUAACAAUACCGACAUACAAGGAUCAUCGCCAGGCACAUCGAAUACACCACUCAAUAUUGCUUCAUCAAGCUGGCCUAAGGAUUUUCCGCCGCGGGAUAUGGCGCUUUAUUUGAUUAACAUAUUCUAUUCAUGCGCGCCAUUCGCUAGUAGUGACAUAUCUAAAACGAACUUCGAGUCGCGGUUGAUGCAUCUCCCUGCUAAUUCUCCUCAGUUUCCAAGCGGUGCACUCUGUCAUGCAAUUUUUGCGACCGCCUACCAACACUUGCCAAAUAAAACGCCAGGGGAUAAGCACAGCGCAUUGGCGAUGCAGAAGAUGAGCGAUCCAGGGAGUGGACCAGGAUUGAUGUUUGUAUUAGAACGCAUUCUGGCAGCUAUCAUACUCAGUCAGCAUCUACAUGCUAUUGACAACAAAUCUGAGUUAUACAUACCUGCCAUCUUCGCAGCCAGGGGUGUAGUUGCAUUUUCACUCAACCAUGAUAACGAUUAUCCAUCGAAAUGGUUUCUCAAAGAACCUAAAAGCGAUUUAGAAGCCGAAGAACGACGGAGACUCUACUUUAAGGCAUACAUCAUUGAUCAAUUGUAUUCAAGUGAUACUGGCAUAUCUCCGAAUGUCCUCCAUGAAGAUCACAUCUUUACACCCUUGCCGUGUCCGCAGAAGGUAUACCAGAGUAGUACACAUACGUCAACUAUCCCAAAAAGUACUGAAUAUGUACACUCACCAGUGUUCUUCCUUCAGAACUCCUCAGAUGGUCUUUCAUUGCUCAUUAAAGCGACAAUUUUGCUCGGGAGGGUAAAUAUAUGGCAUAUGCGUGGAUUUUAUGACGCAAAAGCAGCCAACUUAUCUUCUCCAAGUCAGCUACCAUCCUUCAUAGAAUUAGACACACUCAUACAGGUAUUCAGACAGGCAUUUCCUCAAGAAUACAGCGAUCCUGUUAGAAUUGAUGAACAGGGUUUAGAUGUAGACAAUCUUGCUGCUCACAUGGUAGCUGUUGAAUGCAUGCUAUCCCUACAUAGAGUUUUCAAGAAUGAACCAUUAUCUCAGUCAAGAUUGUUAUUCUUCUCCCGUGUGGCCGUAAAUUCUGUAUAUCGGAUAAAGGCGACGUCUUACGAUACGACGAGGUUACCAAGCUUUCUGCUCAUGACUUACAGUAAAGCCGCUUCAGUUCUCAUUGACGCGUAUGUUCAAGCGAGAACGAUUCAUGAUGAGGCAGCGUAUAUAGAGAAUGAGUUAUUGGCAAUUGGGGAUUUAUUCCAGAGUAUGAGCAAACACAUUCCUGCUGCAGCUACUUGUCUAGGUGCACUUGAAGACAAAGCUGUUAAAGCUGGUCUACAAAACUUUUCUCAGAUGUUAUCAGGUGAAACUUUAUCACUACCUCAAGAGCUCGUUGUACCGGUUUCGCAGCAGCCGACAUCCAACUGGAUAUCACUUGAUACGACAACGACAGCAACAGCAUUCGACGACUAUGAUUUACUGUCUGGCGCGUCGUUUACCAUCACAGAUGAAAAUAGGUGGCUAAAUAACACAGGAAACACGGACUCAUUCGAUAGUUUCUUAAGCAUUUAG